AUGGCACCAGUGCUUUCAAGAUUUUGUGUUUUUAAAUCAAACUUCGGUGAAAAGUGUUUGCGCAACAAAUAUUGGAGGCGUACUAGCGAAGAAGAGGAUUAUAUCGCUGCAACAGCUGAUGCAGCGGACGAGGACCAGUCUAAAUGGUCAUGCACGUUGUUCAAGCCCCUUGCGGAAGACGAAAAAACUUUUCGUUUUCAGCACGUCCAAAGUGGAAACAAUGUGUGGUAUUUGCGAUCGGAUAACGCAAGUCGGGGUUGCUUAACUGUCAGAUAUUCAAACGAAGAAAAACAUGGAGGUGAUCUCUUCACAAUCACUGACUGGGAAUCACUAGUGAUAUUCCCCAAACAUGUGGCUUUCAAGGGCGACAAUGGGAAAUAUCUACGUUACCGCAGCGAAGGCGGUGACCAGCACAUGGACUUUGGAGCUACUGAUAUUGGUGAUAAUAGAGUUGGGGAGAAAAUCGUCUCCAAUCCAGACCAAAGCAUCUGUGUGAAGCACGAUUCCAAUGGAAGAUUCUGGCGGGCUACCCCAAAUUGGAUAUAUCCAGAUACAACUGAUGCUUCCAAUUCCGAUCCAGCAACAUUAUUUUGGCCAGUUAAACUUCAGGGUAAUGCUAUCGCUCUCCGCAGCAUGGGCAAUGACAGAUUUUUGCAUAGAACUGAUUACGGUGGCACAGUGGAUUGUCUCGCUGCGGCAUUUUGGAUCACGACUAUUGACAAACAGAGCCACCUGGCGGUACAAGUGCUUAUCAAACUGAUGAAAGUUUACGAUGCAGAGUACCGGUUGGAGGAUGCCAGGGUCUGUGAUGAAUCAAUCCUGACAUUGGCUCGUUCCUGCGUCUCUAACAUGACACAACGAACCGAAAGUAUAGAGGUGAGAAUGUCUUACACAGAGGCCUGGAAGUACGAAUGGACUAAUGGUACUUCAACGUCACCUUUUUCUAGUUUUCAAUUAUCAGCUGGUAUUCCAGCGAUUUUGGAUACUUCCAUUGAAGUGAAGAACACAAAGGAAGAACAAUACGAGUGGGGAACUGCGAUUGAUGGAUCCAUAAAUUUGACAAAAACAGGCCCUGUUAGUGUGCCACCAAUGACUGAGACGACAGUUAGUCUUCUUGCAACACUUGGAUCAUGUGAUGUUCGUUCUCUUACACUCAGCAAGACACUCUUACUGACGGCGAAUUAG